UAUGAAAGAAAGAAGAACUUUUCUGGGUGUGUGUUUAUUUCAGCCCAAGCUCUUUUGAAGCACCAUUGUUCGUGCUACAUUUCUUUCAGAAAACUGAGCAGCUCAAAGGGCGUUCUCCGCAGGGGCAAGAGACUUUCUCUCUUGGCUUUAAACCGAAUGCACUCCGCCUUCCUCCUCGCAAGCGCCUCCUUCAAAAACUCCCGCCUUGGGCGCGCUCCGGCCUCUCCCGGCGGCCCGGUCGGAGGUUGCCAUUCGCGGCCGCACAUUCGAGAGGCGGUUCACCGCGCGGGUCGCCGGCCGGCUCUCGCCUUCCCUCCCUCCCGCCGAGUGCUGGGUAGCGGGGAAGAGCCGUCCUUCAGGCGCAGCGCCUCUUCCCGGCAACGGCCCUUCCGGGCGUUAGAGCAACGAAUCUGCCAGGCUCCGUCUCUCGCCAGCUCAGUUUAGGCGGUUGUCAGGGAGAAGCAAGAUGGCGGCGGCGACGGAGGAAGACGCGGAGCUGAGGGACCUCCUCGUGCAGACGCUGGAGACGAGCGGCGUUCUCAACAAAAUCAAGGCAGAGUUGCGGGCAGCUGUGUUUUUAGCAUUGGAAGAACAAGAAAAAGAAAAUAAGUCUCCUCUUGUAAAUGAAAGUUUGAGAAAAUUUUUAAAUACAAAAGAUGGUCGUUUGGUGGUUAGUCUUGUUGCUGAAUUUCUUCAGUUCUUCAACCUUGAUUUUACUUUGGCUGUCUUUCAGCCUGAAUCAAGCACACUAAAUGGACUUGAGACUCGAGAGAAUUUAGUUCGAGAUUUGGGUAUAGUAGAAGCUAAAGCAACAGUAGAUGGGCCUUUAUUGCUGGAAGUGGUCAGAAGAUGCCAACAGAAGAAAGAAGUUUCCAGUAAUGGAGAGGUAGCCCCAGUAAUAUCUGACAAUGUACAUUCUCCUACAAAAUCAUCAGAUGGAAAGUCCAGUAUACACCCAUUGCCAAGUAAGAUACCAAGGUAUAAACGACAUCGUAAGCAGAAAAGAUACUUGGACACAGCUCAGCAGGUUGCUGAAAUCAGUCAUAGUGAUACAAACAUCUUGUCUGGAGACCCAAAGAACAAAGAUAGCAGUCAUUCAUUACCCAAUGAAAUAAAACUAAAUUCUCAACCAAACGAUAAUGUAGAUACCAAAGAAAAAAAUAAUCUAGCAGAAGAUGAAGAUGAUGCUGAGGGAGAUUCAUUUUUUGAUGAUCCUAUACCAAAACCAGAACGACCUUACAGCUGGAAAAAUGACUCCAGUAAAGAAGGAAAUGUUGCAUCUCUUUCUGAUGCACCGCCCUUAAAGAGUGGCCUGGGUUCUUUGACUGGAGCACCCCUACUGAAGGAAACUGACAGGGAAGAAGAUGAGUAUGCUGAUGAUUUCAACAGUACCAGUCAUCGGUCAGAAAAAAGUGAAGUCAGCAUUGGUGAAGAAAUAGAUGAGAUUUCUGUGGACUUAGAAGACUUCAAUGCUAGUGAUAAACUUGAAGAUCUCACCCAAGACCUCACCAUUUCUCAUUUAAGUGGUGAUGCUGAUUACUUAGAGGAUGUUGCAUGAGUACAGAGCAGAAAUCAUCAUUUGUUGCAUUGUGAGCCUUUGUAGACUAUAUUUUAAGACAAUCACUCUGCUGAAAUGUCCCCUCCCAAAUUGUGCCUUGUGUUUCAAAGGGAGAAAAACAACCACCAACGAAUCUGGAGAGGGGAAUAGAGCUUCUAAACUUGCAAGGAGUAGGGAAAAAUGCUCUUGCUAUCUUGUUCAGCUAAACCUUUCAUGCAAGAUAUUGGAUAAUUCCCUGGAAGAAAUCUGUUGCAGGCAACAGACAUGAAUAAUUUGUAGUGGAGGAGAUCAGCAAAGCAGAUGAAGAGUGAAAAUCAGAAUUUAAUAUUAUAGUUAACGUCUGACUUUUUGCUGAAGAAAACAGGAUGAUUCAGUAUUUGAACUUGUUCUUCUGAGACCCAAUUGUAAGUAUUGGUUUUCAGUACAAUUUCUCUUUCAUAACUAUAGAAGUUACUUCAUUGGUCAGGGGAUCUUCAAAAAGGAUUUAUUAGGAUGCCUAUCCUGAGGCAUAUGAAAAUACACUAGUGUCAGAACUAAGAAUCCCCCCAUGGUUUCUAGUAAUUUGGUCCCUUGUUGCAACAUAGGUGCUUAGUUCUUUGUACCCAAGGUCACAAGGUACUUCUGAAAAUUGCAGCUGGAAUAUGAGCCUUAACUUUAAACUUAUUUUUAUAUAUUUAAACAUUUGUUACUCUAAGCUAGCCCUUUGUUUAAUUUAAUGAAAACUGCAAAUGGUUAUUAGCAUGAGUUUUUUUCUUUGAAACAGCUUAAUACAGAAUAAAAAUACUGUUGCAAGAGUGGCUGUUAAAAGUU